CUUUCCUUAGGACUGAUUGUCCCUCUCUCGUCCGCAGGCAGAGACAGGAAGCCUCUCUCCCCUUAUCCUGUCAUGUUUUCACCUCAAUACCAACAAAUAACAUCCCACCUAUCUCUCUCCGUAUCUUCCUCUCAUUCUCUCUGUUUAAAUUCCAAAUCUUUGUCACAAAACAGAUAAGAAGGCUCUUCUUUCAAGGAUUUCUUUAUAGAAAAAACACUGAAUUGAAUUGAAUGAUAAAAGAAUCAUACAGUGAUAAUAAUUAUAGUAGCUAGCGGUAGACUAGUAGCUAAGUGGAGGAUGUCUUGUUUACUGCCACAGUUCAAGUGCCAACCAGACUCUUUCUCUAUUCAGUUUAGAAAUCUCCAACAUCACAGCACCAACCAUAUCCAGCUCUCAAAGAAUGGGGAGCCAUUUUGUUUCCGAGCACAAUGCGCUUUGUCUUCUGCAUCACCAUCAACAUCAACUGCUGUGCUCAAUCUGGAGAAGUUGAGAUUGCCUUCUUUAGAAUCUCAUUCUGAUUCAAUUGCUGCAAACAGGCCGUGGACAUAUAUAGGGGGGAUUGGUCCACCCAAAGAGCCACUCUUUGGAACUAGUUUAGCCACUGAAACACUUAUUAUAAAUGAUGAGGCUGUAAUUGCUGCAGCUGCUGCUGAAGCAGUUGCUCUUGCAAGAGCUGCUGUCAAGGUUGCGAAAGAUGCAGCUGAAAUGGCCAAAAAUUACUGUUCUGUGAAUACAGAAACUAAAAUUCCAAUUGCAUCCACAGCAGAUUCCUUUUCUUCAAUGUGGUCUCUGCUUACUGGAAAAGAACGAGCUGAUAUAAUUGGAGUUUCCUUCUCAGCUGAAACUGGACUAAGAGAAGAAUGUUCGACUCAAUACCCUACCGAAGAAUCUGAUUGUUUCGGACCAACACAUGAAGAACUUGCACUUUUGGAGAAACAGCUUUCUGAGAGUAUAGUUGUGCGAUCAAAGCGCCAAACACAGAGAAAAGCUAAACGUGCAAGAGCAGCCGAAAAGGCUGCUGCAAAUUUUGUGUUCAUGAAGUCCGGUUCUGCUUGCAAGAAAAAGCGUGUGCCCGUGCAAGAGGUAGACCAGUCUGAUCCGUUGCGUUUUUUUAGAGGAGCUAGCACCUCUUCCAGGCUUCUCAGUGCUACCGAAGAAGUGGAGUUGUCAGAAGGAAUACAGGACCUACUAAAACUUGAAAGGAUCGAGGAGGAGCUUAAGGAGCGAUUUGGAGGCAAGCCCACCUUUGCACAAUGGGCUGCUGCAGCUAGAGUUGAUCAGAUAACUUUGAGGAAGCGCUUAAACUAUGCUAUCCUUUGCAAAGACAAAAUGAUAAAAUCCAACAUUCGGCUUGUUAUUUCAAUUGCCAAAAAUUAUCAGGGAGCUGGGAUGAAUCUCCAAGAUCUUGUUCAGGAAGGAUGUCGAGGCCUAGUACGUGGUGUAGAGAAGUUUGAUGCAUCAAAAGGUUUCAAAUUCUCAACAUAUGCUCACUGGUGGAUUAGACAGGCAGUACGCAGGUCUCUCUCUGAUCAAUCUAGGACAAUUCGCUUACCUUUUCACAUGGUGGACGCAACUUAUAGAGUGAAGGAGGCUAGAAAACAAUUUUAUAGUGAAAAUGGAAGACAUCCUGAUGAUAAAGAAGUUGCAGAGGCAACUGGGCUCUCGAUGAAGAGGCUCAGUGCUGUACUACUAACUCCAAAAGCCCCAAGAUCUCUUGACCAGAAGAUGGGGUUUAACAUGGAUCUUAAACUUUCGGAAGUAACUGCGGAUCCCGAAGCAGAAACAGCAGAAGAUCUGCUAAUGAAGGAAUUUAUGAAAAAGGACCUGGAGAGGGUUCUGGAAAGUCUCAGUCCAAGGGAGAAUCAGGUCAUCAGAUGGAGAUUUGGUAUGGAGGACGGAAGGAUGAAAACAUUGCAGGAGAUUGGGGAGUUGAUGGGUGUCAGCAGAGAAAGAAUCCGGCAAAUUGAGCUGAGCGCAUUUCGAAAGCUAAAGAACAAGAAUAGAACCAAACAGUUGAGGCAGUAUUUGGUUUCAUAAAUCACAUCAUUCAUGAAUUGGUUUGCCGAAGAACCUCGUAACCUGCCUAGGGAUCCAAAGGGCCUGUCUUUCAUGUAUAUUUAUUUCUUAAUUUUUCUUCAGCAAUUGAAAUUUUAUGUUUCAGGAUCUUAGAAAGUUGUUGUGCAUAGAAGCAAAUCAUUUUCUUGA